AUGGCCUCUCCCUGUUCUUCUUCAAGCUCAGGCCGCCGUCUCCUGCUGCUCGCCGGCGGCGACGUCGUAGUGGCCUUGCUGCUCCUGUGCACGGCCGUGGGCUGCGCACCGGACGGCAGCGAUCUCACCGCAGGGUUCGCCAGGAUGGAGCUCCAGGAGGGCGGGUUCACGGUGCAGAGCCCCUACGACGUGCCGGUGGACCGGCGGUACCGCUACGACGCCGGCACCGGCGUCCGGACCUUCGUGGUGUACGCCACCGACAAGCCGUUCAACAACGUCACCGCCACGAACCCACGCACCGAGGCCCGCCUCCCCACCUACUACUACAACCACAACUCCUCCUCGUCUCCAACGACGACGACGACGACGUGGCAGUUCGAGGGCCACGUGUACGUGCCGUGCGGGACGUCGGGCGCGUCGGUGGUGCAGAUCCACAACGAGAACGGCGGGACGCCUGCCACGGCGAUGAUGCUCCACGUGUACAAUGGCACGAUGCGGUGGUACAGCGGGGCGGAGGUGGAGAGGGACGUGUAUGACCGGUGGGUCCGGGUCAACGUGGUGCAUGACGUGGAGGCGUCCACGGUGGCCGUGUACGUCGAUGGGGAGCCCAAGUUGGCUGUGGCGGUGGUGCGGAGCAGGUCGCACUAUUACAAGUUCGGCGUGUAUAUGCAGCACCACGACGUGUCGCCACGCAUGGAGGCGCGCUGGAGAAAUGUCUCCAUCUACACCAAGCCCUAUUAA